GGAAGAGGAGGCCAACUCAUCUGACACAAGAGCAAAAAGCCAAAGGGAAGAGAGACGAUUGGGAGUGGCACUGUGCAGCGACCAGUAGGAAAAGUCAAGAAGACAAGAGCAGGAUUUUUUUUUCGGGGGGGAUAGGGGGGGGGGGGGAAACAGAUUGUGUGGAAAGUGAUUAAGUUGACAAACAAACAGAAGAAGACAAAAACUCUACAUACAUAAAAAUGUCGACGCUGCCAACCAACAACAACCGCGAGGACGCUAACAACUGCAGCUUCUGGAUGCCCGGCAACUACCAGUGCACGGUGCGGCGCACGGAGGACGCGUUCCAGGCGUGCGGCGACCUGGCGACGUGCUUCCAGGAGCGAGCCCGUGUGGAACGUCAGUACGCUGCGCAGCUCAGCGAGUGGAGCAACAAGUGGAAGCCGCACGUUGAAUCCGGUCCUCUGUAUGGGUCCCUGCUGAAGGCCUGGGAGUGUUUCCUGUCUUCGGCUGACCGUCUGGCAUCUCUGCAUGCAUCCAUCUGCCGCUCCCUGGUGACCGAGGAUGCCGAGAGGCUAAGGACCUGGCAGAAGGACGCCUUCACCAAGAAGAUCUUCGGGGGCUUCAAGGAGGCCCAGGAUGCCGAGAACGGCUUCGCCAGGGCGCAGAAGCCUUGGACCAAACGCCUCAAAAAGCUGGACAAAGCCAGGCGGGCGUACCACAAGGCAAGCCGAAAGGACACUGCUGCCCGGGAGCGCGAGUCGCACGCUCGAGCCAAUCAGAACGUGGCGGCAGACAAGCAGAAGAAGAUUAAGGAGGAGCGAGAGAUGGUCCAGCAGGAGGCACACAAGGUGCGAGCCCGUUACGAGAAGGUGCUGGAGGAGACCAAUCGUUACGCCCCUCGCUACAUGGAGGAGAUGGAGGCCAUCUUUGACCAGUCACAGGACGAGGAGCGCAAGCGGAUCGUCUUCCUCAAGCAGGCCUUCCUCUCCUUCGACAAGCACCUCGACUUCACCACCAACGAAAGCGUGAAGGAACUUUACAGCCAGCUACACGACACUGUGGCAGCCGUCGACGAGCACGAGGACCUCCGCUGGUGGAAAAACACGCACGGGCCCGGCAUGCCCACCGACUGGCCGCACUUCCAGGAAUGGACGCCUGAGAAAAAAAACAAAAAGGGGAAGGAGGUGGUUGUAGACAAAGAAACAUUAGAGAAAAGCGGGAUGAUCGUCGGCGUGAGGGUGCGAGCGUUGUAUGACUACGUCGGCCAGGAGACGGAUGAACUAUCCUUCAAAGCAGGCGAAGAGUUCAUGAAGACGGAGGAAGAGGAUGACCAAGGCUGGUGUCGGGGGGUCAAAGACGGUGGCCUGGAAGGGCUUUACCCUGCUAAUUACGUGGAGCUGGUUUAGCGGAAAUAGAUCAGAUUUAGUCGAGUUGAUCCUUAAUCUCCUGUGGAUGUUUGCUUUUUAAGUAAAACAAAACAAAACAAAACAAAAAAAACGAUGCUGUACAAAAAAAAUUGUAGCUGUUAGCCAAAGAUCUGUGAACAAUUUAACAUGCAGAGAUUUUAAUUAAGAUAUUUUUUUUGCUGUAAAAACGGACGUCUUGUGUUCUGACUGUAAUCUGUUCCGAACUUCACCAUAUUACCACAAACAUUUCUUUGUCUUUUCCUUACUAAGUUCCAUUCUUAAGUUGGUCUAUGAAGUUCUGUGCCGGAGCUUCGUUCCGAAGUUCAGUUCAGAAGUUCUGUUAUGAAGUUCCGGAAGAGGUUUCUGUUAUGAGGUUCUGUUAUGAAGGUACGUUACAGUGGUAUGUUCCAAAUGUACUUUCUGAAAGUACGUUUCUGAAUGUACUUAUAGAAUAUACAUCUGAAUGGACAUUUAAAAAAAAAAAAAAAAAAAAGUAGAAAGUAAAUACGAAUACAGUAUCCGUUACGAUUGUACGUUCCAAAUGGACAUCCCAAAAUUUCGUUAGGAAGGUACGUCAUGAAUACGUGUUACAAAUGUUACGGAUCUAUACAUUACAGAUACGUUACAAAGGUAUGCUCCAAAUGUACGUCGCAAAGUCAGAUCACGAAGGUACAUUGCAGUUAUGUUUCGAGCGUACGUUUCAAACGCACGUUAAGGAAUUCACAUUGCAAAGGUACGAUGUACGCUAACGAAUGAGCGUCAGCAAGGUACGUUACGAAGGCACUUCCGAGACGUACGUCACGAUUCUACAUUUCAAACGUUGCUUGACUGUUGCUAAAUGUCAAAUCACUUUAUUUGUAGCUAAACUCUGGUGUGACAACAUAAGUCGUCGAAAUUCUACAUUGUACAUUGCUACCUGGCUACGCUAUUCCAAACGCAUCAGCGAUGCUAACGAGACACACGCUGGACGCCAGGCCAUCUGUACUUAGUUGUCGUUUUAAACUGUGGUGCUAAAAAGUCUCAUUUUAUUACACUUCCUUGUUCACAGGAAACUGUCUUAACAGCGACAUGGUCUGAAGUUAAAAACCGGCGAACACUUGCAUGAAACAAGAAAAAGAAAAAAAAAACAACACUUGGCAAACAUGUUCCUUUAAAAACAUAUCUUUAUCUUUAUGAAUGUAUAUGUUUAAGAAAGUUGCAUUCCUCUUUUGGUCUUAUCCUCUAUAUGUGUGUGUAACCCUUUGUAGCACAUU